AUGCCAACCGAAGAGGUCGAUCUUUCUCAGCUAUCUUCGAGCCAGCAAAAUGCCCUCCAAACGUUUAUUGCCAUUACCGGUGGGGAAGAAUCCGCCGCCAUCCAACUUCUCCAACGAUCCGAAUGGAAUACACAGAUUGCGGUCACCAAAUUUUUCGAUGGUGAUGGCCCGGACCUUGUCGCAGAAGCACAAGCUGCCCUAAAUAACCCUCCAGCACGGCCACCACGAACUCUCCAGAAUCUAAUGAACGGCGAUGACGAUAUCCCCCUCCGCACUCUUUCCCCAGGGCGCACAACUGAACUGGCGCAGCGAAUAACAACAUCAACCUAUCGCCCUCCAUUUUUACUUGCCGUACUCUUCACGCCUUUCAACCUGCUUUACAGAUUGCUUUCCAGCUCAUUCGGGCUCCUUGGGACAAUUUUCCCGUUCCUCCCACGCCUGCUGAAUACAAUUCCGAGUUGGGGUGCGCAAGGAUAUAGACGAGAUACAAGUGGGCGGAGGCCAUUGGGCCCAAAAGACACUGCUCUCCGGUUCAUCCGAGAAUUUGAAGAAGAAUAUGGAAGCCAUUCCAUCCCGUUUCUUGACAAUGGAUAUAAUAUGGCUAUGGAAAAGGCCCACCAAGAGCUAAAGUACCUACUUGUUAUCCUGCUGUCUCCAGAACAUGACCUUACCAGCAGCUGGGUCCGAGAGACCCUUCUGUCGACGGAGGUUGUGGAUUUCAUUAACGACCCGGACAACAACAUCAUGGUUUGGGCUGGCAAUGUUCGGGACUCCGAAACGUACCAGGUUGCAAGCAGCCUUGGAUGUACCAAAUUUCCAUUUUUCGGGCUAAUAGUGCACAACCCAAGCGUGUCUUCAUCUGCGAUGUCCAUAAUAACGAAGGCCCCUGGCCCCACAACGCCAGCUGAAGUUAUUGAGAAACUCCGUUCAGCGAUUACCCAGAGCCAACCUCUACUCGACCGUGUUCGAGCUACGAGAGCCGAACAGCAAGCCUCGCGGACGAUUCGCCAAGAGCAGGACUCCGCAUAUCAACGGUCGCUUGCGCAGGACAGGGAGCGCGCUCGAAAGCGGCAAGAGGCGGAAGCGGCCCGCCAGCGUGCAGAGAAGGAAGCGCAAGAAAAAAAGGCGGCGGCCGAAAAACUCGCGAACGACUUAGAGCAAUGGAAACGGUGGAGGGCGCAGUCGAUCCCAAAUGAGCCUCCUGCGAUCGAUAAGAACGCCGUUCGCUUGAGUAUCCGCCUAGCAUCGGGUGACAGAGUGGUUCGACGAUUCUCAGCCUCCACGGGUAUUGAGGAAUUGUAUGCAUUUGUUGAAUGUUAUGACGUGUUACGCACAGAUGGAGGUGAGGCAAAUGCCUCUGGAUCCGGGAACGUGCAACCCCCCGAAGGCUUUGAACAUAAAUACGGCUUCCGCCUUGUUUCGCCUAUGCCUCGUGUACCAUACGAAAUCGAGGCUGGUGGCUCUGUUGGAGAAACAAUCGGCAGAGGGGGUAAUCUAGUGGUUGAAACUAUCGAGGAUGAGGAUGAAGAUGAGGAUAAUGAUGUAGAGGCAGAUUCCGGAGAGGUCCGGGGCUCCUAA